AUGUACGAUAUUUUCAGAGACUCCGCGGUCGGAUAUACUCUCCGCCUGGUCACACGCGGUCGAGUUGCCUCGUACCCUGAACAAGAUCCCGGCUUCAAGAUACCGGACGAGUCCUUCAGCCGGUGGCACCGUCCGGACGCGACCUCGACGACAAGCAAAGAAGAGACCGAACCCCAAUCUGGACAUGCAGCCGACGACGUCCCACGGCCGGAUAUCGAAGCAAGAAAGGAGGGGGGUCACAGUUGCAUUGAUGCCGAGAAGCAAGAGCAGAACGACGCCGCUCCCGUUCAAGACCAGACGUCUGGCCGGCGUCCUCGGUUCACGAAAGAGAGGGAAGAGCAACAAACCGUCCUCGUGUCCUGGUACUCAGACGACGAUCCGGACGACCCACACAAUUGGUCAACGCUGAAAAAGAGCUGGCUGUCUUUUGUUAUCAUGCUGUACACGUUUUCCGUCUAUGUCGGCUCGUCGCUCUACGUCGCCAGCGUCCCAGACAUUAUACACAUCUACCACGUCCCACAGGUGGUGGCAUCUCUCGGCCUGUCCCUCUAUGUCUUGGGGUAUGGCCUGGGACCUAUGCUCUUGUCUCCGCUGUCAGAGAUCCCCGCCAUCGGACGGAACCCGCCGUAUGUCACGACCCUGGCUGUGUUUGUCCUCCUCUGCGUCCCGACCUCCCUGAUCAACAGCUUUCCUGGUCUGCUGGUCUUGCGCUUCCUGCUCGGCUUCUUCGGCUCGCCAGGUCUUGCGACCGGCGGCGCCAGCCUCGGGGACUUCUACGGGACCAAGGAGAUGCCUUAUGUGAUUGCCGCUUGGGGCGGUGGUGCGACAUUGGCGCCGGCACUCGGCCCUCUCAUCGGCGGAUUCGCCGUCCAAUAUGUAGACUGGCGCUGGAGCUCUUGGCUGCUCCUCUGUCUGUCGGGUCUUGCGCUGCUGCUGAUGUUUUUCAGUCUGCCGGAGACGUCGGCCGACAACAUCCUGCUCCGUCGAGUGCGACGACUGCGGGCGCGGGCGCGGACGCCCAUCCCCAGCAACAGCAACAGCGGUAAAGCAGACGCCGUCGUUAUCCUCAAAUCCGAGUCCGAGAUCCGACAGUCAGAGUCUUCCCCUCGAAGGCUCGGCUUCGACGCCCUGAUCAAGCCAUGGCAGAUCAACCUCCUCGACCCAGCGGUGGCUUUCAGCACCGUUUACACGGCUUUGACGUACGCCAUCUACUACUCCUUCUUCGAGUCCUUCACCCUCGUCUACGGCGACAUGUACGGGUUCGACUUGGCCCAGAUCGGCUUGGCCUUUCUGGCGCUUCUGGCUGGCCUCGUGGUCGCGGUCGUGCUGUAUUGCUUAUAUCUUCAUCGUUACGGCGACGCCAAGAUCGCGCGUCUUGCCGCCGAGACCACCACCGUUCCUCCCGAAGCCCGUCUCUGGCCUGGUCUGGUUGCGACGUUCUGCAUCCCCAUCGGCCUGUUCAUCUUUGCCUGGACGGCCCGGCCGCACGUGCACUGGAUCGUCAGCCUCGUCGGCGCGGCCGUCAGCAUGACCGGCGUGUUCAUCAUCACCCAGUGCAUGUUCAUCUACCUGCCCUUCACCUACCCGCGGUAUUCAGGGUCGCUGUUUGCCGCCAACGGCUUCGCCCGCAGCGCCUGCGCCACGGGGGCCGUCCUCUAUGCCCGACCCAUGUUCGCCCGCCUCGGCAUCGCCGGCGGCGUCAGUCUCCUUGCGGGGCUGACGGUUUUGUGUACCUUUGGCAUCUACGUCCUCUACUUCUACGGCGCCAGGUUACGGCGGAAAAGUCGAUUCGCGGUUUCUUGA